CGCCCUAAGAUCCAUCAGAAUGGACCUGAAAGCCCCACCCACACUCCUGCAGCUGGCUGCACAGAGCACGGUAAAGAAGGAGGUGCUGACCAUCUCUGUUCUGGAGUACCUACCAAGGGAGCUCUUCCCAACGCUGUUCAAGGAGGCCGACACUCAGAGAAAAGCAAAGAUGAUUAAGAUCCUGGUGGAAUACUGGCCCUACCCUUGCCUUCUUGUUAGGUUGCUGAUAGAUAAACCCAACUUGGAGAUCUUCCAGGCUAUACUGGAUGGAGUUGGCACAUGGCUGAAACGGAAAUAUCGCCCCAGGAUGGGGAAGCUUGAAGUGGUUGAUUUGAGGAAUGGACACCUUGACUCCUGGGAUUUGCAGGCUGGAAGAGAGGGUGGAGGAGCCCAAUCAGAAACUGUGCCUGAGAAGCAAGUAAUGGAGGGCCACUCAAACAGGCGGCGUUUGAGGGUGUUCUGUGACCUUUCCUUUAAGUCUUCUAAGCAUGAAGAUAAACACCAAACACAUCUGUUGCGGUGGGCAAAGGACAGAGAGGAUUUCCUGCAUCUGUGCUGUAAGAAGUUAGAGAUUGGAGCAUUAGAAGUGUCCAAGGUCAAGAAGGAGUUAAAAUUUUUACAGCCAGAGUUCAUCAAGGAGUUGGAACUGAAUACAGUGGGGAAUCUGUCCAAAUUGGCAAAACUUGUACCUUGCAUCAGCAAGAUGAGAAAUCUUCACAAACUCAUGCUAGUACGCAUCUUUGAAAGGACCUAUACACCCUCAGAGAAAAACGUCUCCAAGAUCAUUUCUCUGUUCCCUGAACUCAGGUAUCUCCAGAAUCUCACUAUUGGUGAUGUCUAUUUUCUUAAAGACCACAUGAAUGAGUUACUCAGGUGUCUGGUGGCUCCCUUGGUGUCCCUGACUAUCACUCUCUGCCAGAUCUCUCAGUCAGAUUUGGAGUCAUUUGCCCAGCGUUGGAACUAUGGUCAGCUUAAACAUCUGUGUUUGAAAGGUGUCUCUUUAACUGCAUUGAAUGUCACGCCUCUCAAAUUUUUCUUAGAGAGUGUUGCAAACACUCUGCAGACUCUAGAAUUAGAAGGCUGUAGGAUGAGUGACUCUCACCUCAGUAUCCUUCAGCCUGCCCUGACCCAAUGCACCCAGCUCACUAGUUUCAAUUUUUAUGACAAUAACAUCUCCAUGGAUGCUCUGAAGGACCUUCUGCGUCACACUGUCAAACUGAGCCAGCUGACCAUGGAACUGUACCCUGCUCCAGUAGAGGUCUAUAAUGAGUGGGGUUAUGUUCAGGUAGAGACAUUUUCUCAGCUUUGUGCUGAGCUCAUGGACACACUCGUGGCUGUAAGGCAGCCCAAGUCAAUCUGCUUUGGUACCUAUUCCUGUUAUGACUGUGACACACGCUGUAUCUAUGAAAAGAAGGCCACAUUUUGUGAAUGCUUGGAGUAACAACAGGAAUAUUUCUUCUGGGUACUAAGAAAUGGUUGCCCAGGGACUGGUCUUUUCAUCCAGAACACAUCGUUUUGGACAUUUGUCAGUGUGGUGCAAACAAUGGUUCAAACUCCUGUCAGGACUGACUUCUUUGCUUCCUACAUAUGAAGAUCCUGAGAACCUGAUAUUCUCUCUGUACUGUGCUUCGCAAUUAAUUGGUUCUCAAGAUUAUAGUCAGGACCGUUCUUCCACUGUACACAGGGAUGGAGGGAGACUGUGUUGUCUACGCUUUUGUUCCAUAAGGCCUCUCAAUGUGUCAUGAAGCUAUUCUGACAUUGCCAUUUUUGCAUCUGCCUGGUAGGUCAUGUAUGCAAAGCCAAAGAUUGAAGAAGGUAGCUUUGGUGAAUGAACUGCAGAUUGUAAUUCAGGCUGGUCAAGCUAGUAGGAGUUGUGGGGCAUCAUUGAUAGUGGAAGCAGAAGAAAACAAUGAAGAACAAAGAGAUAACAUAAAGCAAAUAUAAAGCUCAGCAACAUUUUUAAUCCUUUUUUAUUUCUAAUGGUGUAUUGUAGCUUAGACUGGCCUUGAACUCCUCAUCCUCUUACCUCCACUUCUGGAGGUCAUUAACAGAUACUUCAAAGGUCAGCUUGUAGACCACCUGACCUUGAGGCCCUGUUCUUCAGGCUCUCAACCUCUGGUCAGCCUCCUGCCCAUUAAUGGUUACAGGAGAUGGACAGAAAUUCCUGUUCUCUCUAAAAGAAUUGGCAGUCCCUUGGAACUGCAGAAUAGAUGUGGCUGAGUCUAGCCACUGUGUUCCCUUGUGUCUGUAUAAUCAGGUAUCAAUAAAGAAUGUGCCAAACC